CUCUUCGUGUGUUACAGUCACCAAAACAUCUGGAAUAGGCAUGUAUUUGGGGCGAUAUCGCUGGCUGUGCCUUGAGCUUAAGUGACCCUUAGGCUAAAAGAAUACUUUUAGCACUGAGAUAAAGUUACUCUGAUAGAAAAGGCGUAAUGGUACUCAGUACUCUUAAUGAUUCCUUACUCAAACAGUUUGAGGAAAAAAGACGGUAUUGUAACUGUUAGUACUGUUACCAGCUCUGUGGCAACUAUCAUAAAGUAGGAUCCCAACAUGGUAGGUGCUGCUCAGAAAUGCCAGACACUGCUAUACUUCAAGGAGCAGACUGAGAUCCCAUAACCGGUAGAUUUAAAACUGGAAGAAAAAAAAAAAAAUCAUAAAGGGGAUUACCAAAUUGUAAAGACGUACUCUGCAGAAGUGGACACUGAUUCUGACACUGAUAUAAAGUACUGUGAUGAAAUAGCAAGCUCAGAAGGCCAGUGAAACUACAAACUCGCAGCAUUUCAAAGCAUCUGGUAAGAUCUCACAGAAUGUCUUGACAGUCAAAAAGAAAGAAAGAAGUGAGGUGAGUCCAUGCUCAUUUUGUACUUCACUGGGUUUCUCAGAAGAGCUGAUGGCAAUAGUGAUGGAUGAAUAAGUCUGUCACUGGCUUUAAGAAGUCUGGCUCACUCGGUGUCACUGCCGCCCAGACACAUCCUGCUGGCUGUAUGGCAGUGAGGGAGGGGACAGCAGCGUUGGAUGUCUUCCUGCAAAAACAGCACAAACAGGAGCAGAGGGUGAACGGUACACGGAAGUGUCAUGUGUGAAGAAUGUGCGGAAUGAGGGGAUGGCUGAAGGACUGACGUCUGGAGAGUGUAUGGUCCCUGGUACACCUGGGAUGCAGAGCCGAGUAAAGUGCUAUGAAGAGCUGUGUGCCUCUUGGGAUCUGCCAGCUAAGUAUUGUAAUUAUUGGGCCCUGUCUGGUAAGGGUUUGUUGCCCUUCUUUAUCACCAACAACCCUGGGGAGUUAAGGGUGUCACUUUUGGGCAGGGUACACCCUAAGUGUGUGUGAUACAGCUGGGAUGAAAACGCACCUCUUCUAAAUCCCCAGGCUUUUGUAGUUUUGGCAGUCCCUACAGAGGUGUUCUGCUGAGAUUGUGUUGUGUGUUUUGUUCCCUUGUUUUGUUUCUGUAAGCCAAAUGCUUGGCUGAUUGCACAGGAAACCAACUGCUGUGGGUAUUCACUUCAAUGGGCAAACUUGAAACAAGUCACCAGGGACUGGCUACUACUGAGUUCAAAAAGAAAGAGACAUCUCAAACCUGUAGCAAAGCCAAACUGUGGUGGGAAACACGAGAUGCAAAGAUGAGAAAACUGGAAGGCACAGCAGGGGGAGAGAUGGAUAGAACAAUGUUUUCCUGUCCGUAAUUCAUUAGAUUUAGGCAAAGCUGGAAUGGAGAUUUUAGAAGAAAGAAUAUUUUACUAAGGGAAAUUUGUCUAAUGUCAGGAAACACACUCUUGUGUUGGUGUUCUAUGAGCUGUGCACAGUAAUCUGGGCAUGGAAACACUCUGAAAAAGUUAAUAUGUUACUUGAUAAAAUGCUGCAAAAAGUAUUAAAAAGAAUAAGUUUCUGCAGGACAGAAGAGGGAGCAAAUGACCUGUGGGCUUCUGCAUCCAUUUCACAUUUCCCCAUUGAUUUCAGAAGUCUCUCAGGCUCAGACAACUGAAAGACAAGGAUCCACUGCCCAACAUCCCCAAGAGAAGGAAAGAGAGUGUGUUUAUACCAAUGAGGGGGAAAAAAAAAGAGGAAAAAGAAGGGGAGGGGGGAGGGGGGAAGCCUGCAAAAACAGAAGGGAUAGAAGUCCAAACUUGGAUUUUGCUUCCUUCCCCCAGGCUCACACAGGAAUAGCGGACUCCUGAAAAAAAAAAGACUAGAGAAAGAUUGCCAUCUUCUGGAAGGAUAAAUAUCUGCCAUUAUUCAGGAUUCUAAAUCUGGCAUAUUUUUAAAGCCAUAGCAUAUAUGUGAUAAAUUUAUUUUUAAACCUGAGCCCAUGUCCAUAAAUCUAAAUUCAGUCACAUUUCAUUAAUAUAUGCUCCAUGAUCCUAGCUUUAGGAGCUGACAUAGCAUCCUGGGGUUUAAUGAGAACUCGUGCUUAAAAUUAGAACCUUAUGAAUAUUAGGGAUUAUUCGUAGUGAAAUGAAUUUGAUUUUUUAUUGGGCUUGAAAACCAGUUGGGCUUUUUGUUUAAACUGAGCAUUAAGAAGUCAAAUUUAAGGUCUUCAGAUGCAGAGACUAAACAAUGAAUGAAUACUACUGCUCUUCUUUUAAGCAUCAGCUCCUUCAGCAAAUUAAGAACAUCUGUGUCAAACAGAGCCUUGCUUUUAAUCAAAAAGCCCCCAGACAGCUUGUGAAGCACAGGAACUUUCAGCAUUGCCUUCAGUUAGCCCAUCUUAGUGAUGAUUAUCUAUAUUAGAGGAGCUUAGGCAGUGGCUGGGAUGAAAAUAACUGUGCAACCAUCAACUGUAAUGCUGGAGGCAUGGAGGGUCAGUACUCUGUAACAGUGCUGCCUCUUAGGCAGGCUCCUGAACCCCUGGGCUGUGCAGUCCCCAGAGCUAUUGGUGCACCUGCGUCUCAUGAUGGAAGCGUGGGGUGGGAGCAGCACCGCUCUCUCACACUUUUAUUCCACGUGGAGCUGCUCUGAGCCCUCUAGCGACUGCUCCUUCUCAUGAGAGCUUUCCAAAUUCAUCUGAUGCGAAGCUGCUAGGAGCUGGAAUUCCUGGUGAAAUUCAUGCCUUGGUAAAGCUGCCAAUAUGCGGGACACCACCCUUUGAGUACUGCACUUGUUAGACUCACCGCUGUUUCGCAGAGCCUGUCUGUCACUCAGCACUUGUUCUGCUAAGGGACUCCUUUUUUUCAUUACAACUCCCAUUGCCCUUGGGGAGAGCUGGAGCAACGUGUAUUUAGAGUCUGAAAUGCACAGUACUCAGAGCAAAUUCAGCCACAUAGGCUAUCCUAGCCCCAUGUUUUAUUUUUCCCCUUUCUGUGAUUGGAAUCUGGCCAGGAAGACAUCCCAAAGAUGGGAACUUUGGGUCCUUGUCACCUGCUGAGGCCAUGUGCACAGGAAGGGGCUAAUUGGUGCCCAGAGUGUUGGUAGUUUCUGAGCUAAGGUCAUUAUCCCCUGCAGCACCAGUCAGAGAACUGCCAUCUCAUUCCAUUCAAGUUCCCAAACAGCCACUGCCCAGAGAUGGCUUGGAAUCCUUCUGUGCUUCACUGAAACUUUUUACUCUGUGAAUGCUGCGUUUAAUCCCAGUCUGCAGCACCAAGCAUUUCCCAUAUAAUCUCCCAGAACAGCUGUGCUGUGAUUGCAUUGUGGAUUAUAAAAUGACCAUUUUCUACAAACCAGCUGCUGGCUGGAGGGAUAGCAUUUAAUAAUCAUGGGGAGGGAGUGGGCAAGGGAAGAGAGGAGGAGACGAAGGAGAAAGGAGGAUUGAAGCAGUUUGGUUUCUUGGGAAAUUUAGAGACAAGUAAAACCGAAGGCAAAUUGUGAGUUCUAUUUCUGUAUUACUCCUCCAAAUUAACAGGACUUCAAGACUUGCUAGUAAGGUAAAUUGAAAUUUCUUUCCUUUGGGGGGUUAUCUAGGUACUGUGGUCAGUUGCUGUCAGUGUAUGGCUUUUAUGGAGGGAAACAUUUCUGAAAAUGUUCUCAUGAAGAUGUUGUUCAGAUUUGCUUCUUAUCCCCUACAGUCUUAGCAUCACUGGUUGAGUUCCUGCUUAUGAAUCAUUUCAUUUCUCUUUUUUUUUUUUUUUUUUUUUUUUCCCUUGUCACUGGUUCUGAAAUAAUAUGGCCUUUGACCAGCUGUAACAAAUCAACUGGAGAGAAUAUUUCUCCUACUACUGAGGAUUUAAAUUAGAAAAAAAAAAUGUUAGGUGGUGUUUUGUUUGUUUGUUUGUUGUUUUGGUUUGUUUUUGUUUUGUUUUUUUUGGUCAGCAUUGUGAGUGGAAAGAUUAUUUUCAAUAAAAGUGUGAACAAACUGAAACCUGGUGAAGGAAAGUAUAACCAAGAAUGAGUGAACAACCGACAAACCACUCUGAAGGUUGGUGGUAUCCAAUAUGCUUCCAGAUCAUCAAUAUGCGUCCAGAUCAGUGAACUCUUUAGUUACCAUGCCACUAAGAUAGAGAUAAAUGGUAUCUCUGGGGUGCAGCAUCUCAUUUGCUGAAAUAAGUGCUCUGAAGGAAGCAAAAGAUGCCAGAACAUAAGACAGUACAGGAAUUUCUAAUGAACUGAGUAUUUUUUUUGCCUUUGAUGAAGAUGUUCUGGAUCAGGCACUGCUUUCUAAGUGAUGAGAUGCUAAUCAAAUCUUGCCUUCCAAGCAGUGUUUCAGCAGCAUCUCUGUUGGCCGCAUUUCUGAGCUUGCUGGUUAGCAGAAAAAGUGCUUCUAACUAACUGCAUUGCUUUCAUCUGUAUUCCUGUAAGACUGUCACAAAUAACUUGAUUGUUUAUUUCUAUAUUUUCAUAGUAUUGUCCACAGUAUGCUGGGCCUUUCACACACCUUCAGCAUUGGGUGAGUCAACAGAAGUUGUGUGAAGAGGCCAGCAGCAGGCAAUGUCUGUACAAACUCAAUCUAUUCGUGGUCAAAUAUAUUUUGAGAGUCAUAAAUAGGAAAGGGUGGGAGUAUCUGGAUGAAGUUGUGCCAAACAUAGGGUGUGCCAUGUGGGAAGAGGCAUGCGUUGAUUACAUGAAAGUUGAUAUGUGGGUAGAUGACAUCUAAUCAAUCUGUGGAGUGAUAAGAUGGGUACUCAGAAGUCAGUGCACGGUUUUGAAGGAACCUUAAAAUCUUAAGCUUCUCUCUGAGAGAGAAAGACCACAGGACCCUGGUACACAAACUGCUUUCAGAAUUACUUACUGCAAUGAGCUAAAACUGAGAAUAAUGUUUGUGACACCAUUCGUUCUUAAAACAAAAACCCCACCCUUUUGGCACUUUGUGUGAGAACACAGACACUGUUAUCCAACCAUUCUACCAAAUUUAUGAUGUGCAGAGCAGUGCUUGCUCAAGUGGGAAGUACUGCUCUGAGUUUGAACUCAAACUGCUGGGGGUGGGUAGCUGGGUGUCCUCCUGGGACAGGCCACUGCUUUAAGUGUGAUCUGAGAACAUUUCCCUGUCUUUCCCCUCUCUGAAAUCAGUAUCCUAUCUGCCUCCCUAGGUAAAGGAAUUAACGGUGCUUGAAGAAGCGUUUUGGGGUACGUGGCAGAAAGAAUUCUCGUUUAGCUGAACAAAGUAUUCGUCAUGUUUCAUGUAGUGGAAACACUCGGCAUUUGGGGGAAGUUGGUUAACAGCUCUUAUCUACUGUCUUUGAAAUGGAAAUAACAAUCACUUCUCUCAUUUUCUGCGUACGCACACACAUACCAGUGCAUUCAGUCCCAGUAGUUCCGCAGGGUCACCGUCUCUUCCCCAGUACACACCUCAGCAUAUUUUGAAAUGGUUGAAACUAAGCUAUCUCUCCACUGCUCUGGCUUUUAGGAGAAGGGUCCUUCUUUGCUGGAAUGUUGUGAGGAGCACAGACUGCUUCUCCUAUGCAUAUCCCUUCCCCAUGUGUUCCCCCUGGAAAAGCUAGGGUUUGUGACACUAGGUGGCUGGUCUGACAGUCCCUGUGUUUCUGUGUUGUAGAUGGAGCUGCUGAAGAUGUUGCCGUGGCGCCGUGCUUUCCUGGCAGUUAUCCUGAACCUGCUGGCACUCAGCCUCUCCACCACUGCCUUGCUCAGCAGCUACUGGUGCACCGGGACCCAGAAGGUGCCCAAGCCUUUGUGUGGGAAGAGCAAAGACUCCAAGUGCAUCGGUGUCCCCAUGACGCCUGAUGCAGCUGCUAGCAAUGCUUCAGCUCAGGAGGAGGUUCAUUACAGCUGGGAGACCGGGGAUGACCGCUUUUCCUUCAGAUACUUCCACACAGGGAUGUGGCUUUCCUGUGAAGAGAACAUGGAAGGGCCAGAGGAGAAAUGCCGUAGCUUUAUUGAGCUUUCUCCACCAGCAGAGAGAGGAAUCCUGUGGCUGUCACUGGGGUCAGAGAUGCUGUACAUCAGCCUCUUGCUCAUCAGCUUCAUCCUCCUGAUGGUGGAAAUGCUGCACACUGGCAAUCCUGUCUGCGGACUGAAGCUCAAUGCCUUUGCUGCUGUCUCCUCAGUGCUGUCAGGUCUCCUUGGGAUGGUGGCACACAUGAUGUACAGCCAAGUCUUCCAAGCCACAGUUAAUCUGGGACCAGAGGACUGGAGGCCGCACACAUGGGACUACGGCUGGGCUUUCUACAUGGCCUGGACCUCCUUCACCUGUUGCAUGGCUUCUGCUGUCACCACUCUCAACACCUACACCAAGACAGUGCUGGAGUUCAAGCGCAACCACAUCAAGGGCUAUGAUAUGAGCUUCAAGGAUCAGCCUCAGCACCACCAGUACUUCUUACAGCAGCAAAUAAGCAGCUACUAUGAGUCUCGAGACAAGCCUCUCCAUUCAGUGUCCGAGGGAGUUGAUUUCUACACUGAGCUGCAGAAGAAAGUGCUGCAGCGGGAACCAGAGCUGGACCUGGAUGAGGUCUUGGGACAGACAAUUGGAGAAGAUCAGUGUUAGGGAUGAAUGCACAGGAGCUGAACAUUUGGGUUUGGGAUGCAAAAAGCUCUGAACCAAACAUUAACACUACUGCUAGCAAGUUCUUGGGGAGCUCUUCCUUUCUCUAAUGUUCAGGGAGUGAGAAUAAGAAAAUCAGGCACUGGAACAAGGCAACAGCAGUGCCAAGAGGAGGCAAGGCAGGUCCUCUCUGAUCACAACCUGAAGGGUGUCUUCAGCUGGGAACGAUGAAACUGGGGGUAAACAUCAUUGGUGCCAUCUGUAUCCAAGCACUGUUAGACAGAACUGAGGCAGGUACCCUAAUCCCAACAGCACUGCACUAAGGAAAAGACAGACUCAGCCCAACCCAGCUGGCAAAUUGCAUUGCUGGGCCUCUUUGGGUGGAGUCAUAUUAUUGCCAUUCCAGCAAUCUCUUUAGUUCAGCGCUAAGGGCAUAGGUGCUCAUACUGAGUUGCUGUAGUCCUCCCUGAAGACCGUAUUUAUUCUUCAUUUGUAGGCCCAGUCUCCUGUCCCACCCACAGAUUAAAAGUGCUGCUGGAGUAGAAAUGGGAGGUUGCUUUCAAAUAUCUCCUCCCCUCUCUCUUGUCUGUAAAGGCUCCUAUAUGCACCCUCCUUGCUUUGCCCCCUCCAGCUCCCAUUCUGAGAUACUUUCCGGUCUGACUCUUAUAAUUGUGCUCCUCCACAUCCUUUAAGAAUCCUAGGCUGAACUCCUGCUUUUUUGUUUCUCUUCAUUUGUCCCUUUUCCCUUAGUGUAAAAAUACCACCAACAAUCCCCAAAUCAAGCAAACUCGUCAUCCCUCAAAGGUGAAAUGGUGGUUCACAUGACACACACUGAUGCUGUACACAGUAUUUAUUUGCUCCACUGCAGUUCACAGUUCAAAUACAUUUUCUCAACAAUA